AAUCAUGGCUUAGACCCCAGAAUUUCUCAUGACUUUGCUCUCUGUGUCUGUGUGUGUGUGUGAGAGAGAGAGACUUGACAGUGGCUUGGGCAAGGAGGAGCUUUUUCCAGUUCACUUUGCUUUUACAAAAGCAGACACCUCUCAGAUUCUUCUUCUUCUUCUUCUCUUCUUCAAACAGCUCGUUUCGUUCUCUCUCUUUCUUCCCUCAAAACUGGUUCAAGAAUCUGUUUCCAUGUAUUCUCGCUCCAUGCUCGCGUGAAGCCUUAUCUGCAUUGUCCUAUUCAUCUAACAUAAAAAUCUGGACAAAUGACAAAGGUAAGUCCAGUACUGGGGGAGCAGAUGCAGAUGGAAGCUAUUAUGUCAGUGUCUGCUGAUGUGAGCUUUGCUUCUGAUCGGUUUCCAAAGUAUAGAAUAGGACCUGAUUACGAGAUUUUUGAUGAGGAAAAGGAGGAUCCUCAGGGUCCAUCUUUGAAGGAGGUGAUUGUGCAGGAGACUGCACAGCUAGUAGAGCAGCACAAGCGUCUCUCUGUUCGUGAUCUUGCUAGUAAAUUUGACAAGAAUUUAACAGCUGCUGCCAAGUUGUCAGAUGAGGCUAAAAUUAGAGAGGUGGCUUCUUUGGAGGGACAUGUUCUUUUGAAGAAGCUCAGAGAUGCACUAGAAUCUCUGAGAGGCAGAUUGGCAGGUAGAAAUAAAGAAGAUGUGGAGAAAGCCAUUUCUAUGGUCGAGGCUUUGGCUGUAAAGCUGACUCAAAAGGAAGGAGAGUUAAUUCAAGAGAAGUUUGAAGUGAAGAAGCUAGCCAACUUUCUCAAGCAGGCUUCUGAAGAUGCUAAGAAACUGGUUAGCCAAGAAAGGUCCUAUGCUUGUGCAGAGAUUGAGAGUGCCAGAGCAGUAGUGCAAAGAAUUGGAGAGGCUCUUGAGGAAGAAGAACGAAUUUCGCAGACCUCAGGAAAGCAGGAGCUCAAGGAACUAAUGGAGGAGGUUCAAGAAGCUAGAAGAAUUAAAUUGUUGCAUCAGCCCAGCAAGGUGAUGGACAUGGAACAUGAGCUCCGUGCGCUACGACUUCAGAUUCGGGAAAAGUCUACCAUUUAUAUCAAGCUUCAGAAAGAGCUGGCAAUGAGCAAGAGGGCCGAGGAGAAUGGAUUCUCUUUAUAUGAGUUUGUUGGUUCUGAAACUCUAGGGUCAUCUUUGCGAAUACAACCUUGUGUAGAUGAAGCUCAAGACCUUUCAAAAUGCUCAAUUCAAUGGUAUCGUAUGCCAACUGAAGGUAGCAGAAGAGAGUUUAUUGCAGGUGCGAACAAAUCAAUUUAUGCUCCAGAACCCUUUGAUGUUGGAAGAUUUUUGGAAGUUGAUAUUGCCUCAAACGGACAAAAAGUUGCUGUGACAACUACUGGCCCUAUAGCUGCAGCUGCAGGAUUGGCCAAUCACUUGGAUACGCUUCUACGGAAACCUAACACUGAGUUCAAUGUAGUUAUUUCCCAGAUGAAUGGACGAAAUUAUUCAUCAAACUCAGUCCACUUGUUUCAAGUGGGGAAGAUGAGAAUGAAACUUUCUAAAGGAUGGAUUACAAAGGCUAGAGAAUCAUAUUCAACACCAAUGCAGCUUUGUGGAUUCAGAGGUGGUGGCAAUUCUGCAGCCAAGUCAUUAUUUUGGCAAGCGAGGAAAGGGCAAUCGUUUGUAUUAGCAUUCGAAUCGGAGCGAGAUAGAAAUGCAGCCAUAAUGCUUGCGAGGAGAUAUGCUUUUGAAUGUAAUGUGGUGCUAGCGGGGCCAGAGGAUGUAGCAUUCAUUUGAAGCUGACUGAUUUUUUUUGAGGCUUGACUGAUGUGAGUAUAACGUUGUUCCCUUGGAGUGUGAUAAUCCCAUUUGUUGUGUGUUUUGUGAGAUGAAGAAUGAUUUCCCGCCGCCUUUUGGAAUUGGGUUUUUGUCUAAUCUGGUCUGGUUACAUCCUUAGCAGGCGUCGUUUUUAUUUGCCUAAUCAUUGGUUGUAACAAGUUUUUAACUCUCUCUCUCUCUCUCUCUCUCUCUCAAAGUUAAAUUUAGUAAAAUGUUUGAAUCCCUUUACGGGCCUCUGUUCCAGAUUCAGUCUAAAUUGGAUUCCCAGUUUAGUUUUACUAUCUGACACUCUACUUUCAAAACCUCCCAGUUUGUAUGCCGUUGGUUGCAGGUGCUACAAAUAAAGAUUAAU